GAGGGUCUUUCUGCAUGGUAUAAACAAAAGAGCAUCAUCAGAUGUAGUUUGAGGAGCUUCUCUCAUCCAUGUGCCUGCUGGUUUGAACCUGGGGAUGAGAGGGUACCACCAGCCCCCCUGCUUUGUCUCACUCCUCCUCUUUAAGCUCUAAGCAACCCUCACAGCUCUCUUAUUGCUGUUUUCAGCACUGAAAAACAUGCAUGGAGGACUGAUGGAAGCAUUAUCAAAGAGGAUUUAUAUUUGGUAAUUUUUUUUUUUGUCAGACCGGUAUGAGAUUUCCUGAAGGUGGAAUGAUGUCUCAGUGCUGGAGCAGAAAGCUCUGGUUCCCAGUGGUGUUCUGUGCCACACUGGUUCUCCUCACUGCAGUAGAUGCUGGACCAAACCAGGACAGGAGGCAGGCUCAGCAGUCCUCAUGCUUUGGAGGCUUUGAUCUCUACUUUGUUCUGGAUAAAUCAGGAAGUGUGCAGAACCACUGGAAUGAAAUCUACCAUUUUGUUGAACAUCUGGCACAUAAAUUCAUAAGCCCCCAGUUGCGGAUGUCCUUCAUUGUGUUCUCCACCGAGGGACGGAUCUUAAUGCGCCUGACAGAAGACAGGGAUCGUAUCCGUAAAGGUCUGGAGGAGCUCCAUGCAGUUCGUCCAGGAGGAGACACUUUCAUGCAUGAGGGCAUCCAGAGGGCUAGUGAGCAGAUUUACUAUGGAAACACAGAAGGUUACCGCACUGCUAGUGUUAUCAUAGCUCUGACAGAUGGAGAGCUGCAUGAGGACCUUUUCUUCUACGCAGAGAGGGAGGCAAACCGCUCCAGAAGUCUGGGUGCCACAAUUUACUGCGUUGGAGUCAAGGACUUCAAUGAGACACAGCUGGCAAAGAUUGCUGACAGUAAAGACCAUGUCUUCCCUGUAAAUGGUGGAUUUGAGGCUUUGCAAGGAGUCAUAGAUUCGAUUCUGAAGAAGUCCUGUAUCGAGAUCCUUGCAGCUGAGCCCUCCAGUAUAUGUGCAGGAGAGUCAUUCCAGGUUGUGGUGACAGGAAAUGGGUUCCUCCAUGCCAGAAAUGUCGACAAAGUUUUGUGCAGCUUCCGGAUCAACGACACCAUGACGAAGAUGAUGAAGCCACUGGCUGUUGAGGACACAUAUCUCCUCUGCCCUGCCCCAGUCCUUCAGGAGGAGGGGAUGGCAGCGAAUCUGGAUGUCAGUAUGAACGAGGGGCUCAGUUUUAUCUCCAGUUCAGUCACCAUUACCACUGUGAAAUGUUCUGACGGGACCAUCCUGGCCAUAGCUUUGUUUAUCCUCAUGCUGCUCCUGGUUUUGGCUCUCCUCUGGUGGUUCUGGCCUCUCUGCUGUACUGUGAUCAUCCAUGAGCCACCACCACCACCUGUGGAGGAAAGUUUGGACGAUGAGGACUUUGAAGCACCUAAGAAAAAAUGGCCAACGGUAGAUGCCUCCUACUAUGGAGGACGAGGAGUGGGGGGAAUCAAAAGGAUGGAGGUUCGCUGGGGGGAAAAAGGCUCCACAGAAGAAGGCGCAAAGCUGGAGAAAGCCAAAAAUGCCAAAGUGAAGAUGCCGGAUCAAGAGUACGAGCCUCCGACCACUCGGGUUCUCAACAACGGCAUGCAGAAACCUCCAGCACCACGCAAGUGGUACUCACCCAUUAAGAGCAAACUCGAUGCACUCUGGGUUCUUCUGAAAAAAGGCUACGACCGCGUAUCUGUAAUGAGACCUCAUCCAGGGGACAAGGGAAGAUGUAUGAACUUCACCCGCAUAAAUUCCCCACCUCCUCACCAUCCCCACUUCAACUAUCCCCCUUCACCCAUCUGCACCCCUCCCAACAGAAGUCCUCCUCCACCGCAGGGCUCCUUGCCCCCGACUCCUGGCGGCCCUCAAUCAUUUUCUUUCUCCGCACUUCCAUCCCCUCCUUCAACUCCUCCUCCUCUUUCCUCCACUCCCUCACCACCCCUCAUCCCUCCCCCUUACACACCACCUCCCAACCGAGCUCUUCCUCCAACCACCACGUACAUACCUGCUCCAACAGCAUCCCCACCCACCCCUCCACCUUGUGCUCCUCCAGCUGGCCCACUGCCCCCUCCUCCACAAGGACCUCCCCCUGGGCGAGCGCCCCCACCUGCCCGUCCACCGCCCCAUCCUGGACUGUAGAGCAAAGGGAGAGACACCAAACUGAAGGAGACCAGUGAUCAGCUUGUAGUGUUGUGGUUCAUGCUUGUAAGCAAGAACCUGUCUCCUGCCUCGUGGAGAGAGGCCAGGAGAAUCUCUAUCCAGCUAUUUGUCUAUAACGACUUUUGUAGCAGAACAAUGCAAUUACUCAGAUGCUUGAAUUUACACUCUACAAACAGUCCGUGCAAAUAAGAUCAUGCAGCCUGGAUCUAGAACAUUUGUGCAGAUGAUGCUCAGAGGUGCCACAGAACCCACUAACCCCUCCAUGAUAAGUGUGGAUAAUCCUUAGGAGCUUGGACUAAAGUGUCUGCAUGUCGGCUCUCAAUAAGAAGCUAAGCUGUACUGGUCAUGAUGCUUAAAUGCAUGUUUAUCAGUCGUAAUAUUUCUGAUAAGAGAUGAAACUCAGGCUUGAAAUGUUUUGUCUUCUAGCAGACUUCCAGGAAUCUGAAGAUCCUUGACAUUUUUUUUAAGUUUCAGCAACUGCAUGCAAAAAAGGCAUCUGUGAGCUUUGUAGUUUUACUUUUUGUAAGGUUUUCAUUACAGUUUUUUAUAAUGAAUAUCUUAAAAUUUUCUAACCUUUAUUUUUUUUACAAAACAAAGAAGAAACAGAAAAUGCAAAUGUAAUUCACUUUAAUUUUGUACCCAUCUGAAAGCAGCACAAGGACAAAUACACGCAGCACAACAAGAUUCUUGUACAUUUAGCACAAGGUUUACUUUUAGGGUUUGGAAGCUAAGGACAACAGCUGUUGUAAGAGUGGAAUACUUGCUUGAUAUAGAAACAUGUGAGCAGGUCGGUCCAUUCUCUGUAAGUUUUUCUAUUCAAAAUGUGUCAAAUAUUGCCAGUGAUGGAGAGGUCUGGGUUUCAGUCUGGGCGGUUUACCCCAUGAUGAAGCCAUAUUGUAUGAUCUGCAGACUGUGGUUUGGCAUUGGCCUGCUGAAGUAAACAAAGACUAUGUCAUCAUCUGGAUGGAAGCAUAUGCUGCUCCGACGCUGGUUUUAUAUUGUUUAUCCCCAACGGCAACUUGGCAGAUAUUUCAUGUCUUGUGCACUAAUGCAUCCCUAAACCAUCUUGCUCUUUUAGCAGGAACAUUUUUAACUUACAUUUGUGAAGCAUUAAGCUGUGCCUACUAGCAGUGUGUUGUGGAAUAUAAUGCUUUGCUGCCUGUUUAAAUGUUCUCACAACUGAUUAUUUUAUCUCAUCCCUUUUACCUGAAAUCUUGAAUUGCCUAAGCAUCUUAAAACUCCCCAACUUUUACUAUCGUAAAAAUACUUUUUUAAACUAGUAAAUGAUUUGGGUAUGUAAACACAUGUCUAUUUUUUUCCUCUGAAAGUGCCUUGGGGAUAGUUUUGGAAUCUCUACCCAGUAUUGUUGCUGACCUACUUAACUGCAGUGCCUUGGGAAUGUUUUCACACCACUUGAACUUUUCUCACUUUGCAGCCACAGAUUUCAGUGUAUUGUAUCUGGAUUUCAUGUGAUACAACAACACGAAAAAAAGUCUAAUGAGUGGGAAGUCUACUCUGAUACUCAGUUAACUCCAGCUGAUCUGUGAAGCACUCAGAGAUUUAUUAAAGAACGUUAGUGAACAAACAGCACCAUAAAGACCAAGGCACACAGCUGACAGGUUAUGGAUAUAUUAAAAGCAGGGUAAGGUUUUAAAACAUUAUCCGAAGCUCUGAGCAGAUCUACAAGCAUUGCUCAGUCUAUAUUUAAAAAUGGAAAUUGUACUUCAAACCUAACACGUGGCAGCUCACCUAAACUGGCAUUGGGCAAGGAGAGAGUUAGUUUGAAAAGCUGCCAAAUAGUCCAUGGUAACCCUGGAGGAGCUGUAGAGAUCCAUAGCUCAGGUGGGAGAAUCUGUUGGCAGUACAAAUGUUGGUUGUGAACUCCACAAAUUUUACUGAAGAGUUUUAAAUAAAUAGCCAUUGUUAUAAGAAAACCUUAAACAUAUGCUUGAAUUUUGCCACAGGCCAUGUAGGGGAAAUGUACAAUAUGUGGAGGUAGGUGCUCUGGUUGGAUAAGAGCAAAGUGUAACCUUUUGGCCUACAUGCAAAAUGCUACGUGUAUCCUAAACACCCCAUCCCUACGCUGAGAUAUGGUGGUGGCAGCAUCAUGCUGUGGAAAUGCCUUUCUGUAGCAGAGACAGCAAAGGUGGUCAGAGUAAAUGAGAAGGUAAAUGGAGCUAAAUACAGGGCAAUCCUGGGAGGAAAUCUGUUUGAGGCUGUAAAAGACUUGAGACUGAGUCAGAGAUUCACUUUCUAGCAGGACGACUCUAACAGAACAACCAGAGCAACAGUGGAAUAGAUUAAAGCAUCAAAGAAGCUUGAGGUACCUGGUUAAGAAGAAUGACAAAUGAAUUCAGUGGUUUUGUAAAGCUGACAGGCAGGCACCUGUACGAUAUAAGCACAAUUCAGGUUUUCCUCAUGGGGGAUUAGGUACAGAUUUACACCACACCUUUCAGAUUUUUCUUUGCAUAAAAAAAUAUUCAACACUGUUUUACAACUUCGCAAUUAUGUACUAUGUCAAGUUGGUCUAUCUGACAGUAUCCCAAUAAAAUAUGUUAAACUCUGUGGUUGCAAUGUGACAAAAAUUAAAGGGGCAGUGCAAGGAACCUCUUCCUGUUUCGUUUUCUUUCUCUGAGACCUAUCCAUUUUUGUGAUUAUUUAGCUAAACACGCUUACACCACAACAUCCAGAUCUACGUUGUGUUUUGUUGGGGUUGUUUUCCAUUUACAGUGUCACAGCUUUUUUUAAAUGUAGAUUUUAUGAAGAAAUAAUGUUUCCCAAGCAUACUAGAUCUCAUGAAGACUUUUAACAUAAAAUCUCUUCUGAAGAUGUUUUAAUUGAAGCACUCAGUAAAAACAUGUAAAAGCCUC